AUGGCUCGUGAGCUACGCCCAGAUGGACGAGAAAAACUGGAGCACCGGGAGCCGACUGUGCUCUUCAACUGUAUAUCUACCUCAACAGGAUCCGUGCGGUUUCGCCUUGGCGGCACAGAUCUUAUUGCCUCUGUCUACCUCGAUGCACCUCAGAACUCACCAUUCAAGCUUACUGUUGAAGCGCUGCCCACAGUCGCAGAUGCUUAUCGGCUUACUUCGAAUAUACGCGUAUUAGUAGGUAGCGUCUUGUCCAGUGUAGUUUUAUCUGAGCAAAAGACCUGUUCUCUCUGUGUUUCGGGCCGAAGCUUACUUGUGCUUUCACUCCUUAUCUUAUCUGACGACGGUAGUGCAGUGGCCUCUGCGUGUAAUGCCAUAUUGCUUACGCUAAUGGCGAUAGGAGUGACGCUCCCAUAUGUCCCAUGUGCGGUGUCUCUAGGCUUCACCAGAACAUCAGACUCCAGAACAAUGCUCAUAGAUCCCUCAAAGACUGAGGAAAGAAGCCUCAGUGGAGCCCUUACAGCCGUUCUAGAUUCAAUCACAGGAGACGUCUUGGCCUGCGUUCACUCGACAGCCAUCCAUUCCACAGAGCUUCGGGACAUUCUUGUAUUGGCGAGCUCCUGCAGCGAUGUCCUGAGUAAAAACCUUUUUGAUCACUUGUCACCGACCAAAGCAGGGGUGCCUCUGGGGGAUAUUGUGAGUAGGGUGGAGCCGUUCCCGAAACGCCAAGCAGACCAUCCAACGGUUGGAAGGUACCUCAAGGUACCAAAUCCGCUCGAGGACACUUAG